AUGUUCUCCCUCUCUCACUGUGCACGCGGUAUGUCCCGCGUUCGCCUUGCUGGAGUGAACGGUAAUAAUAAGAAGUUUGUGGUCCCUGUGGGGGCUGAGGACACUGAGGGUACUGCUGCUGCUAUUAAAAAAGCUGUUGAACUCGCGCAGGAAGGUGAGCGUUUUUAA